UGUUACAACGUAGGGUAAUAUGCUCUUUUUAUCCUUUUAAAAUUAUUUUUUGAUGUGACGAAGAUUCAAAAUUGAUUGCAUCAACUAAAAAUAUAGAAAAAAGUAAUCUAUAGCUACCAGUAUGACCUGUAAUUGAAUCGCAGAACAGAAAGACGAGAACCAUGGCGGCGGUCCUGUUGGCGAGAUUGUAUUUUCACGGUGUCGAACGUUUUUCUGACCGAGAGUACAAGCGCUGAAGGAACAAUAUCGUAAAAGUUGAAACAGACGAAAAAAUGAAUCACUCUAGCGAAUCUAGCGAUUCGGACGACGGCGGAGAUGAUCAAGAAGGGUCUUCUUUUUCGAAAACGAACAUCAAGAAUGCUUUAACAUCUUUUAGAGAACAAUGGCAACGUGAAUUAGAAAUAUCACCGAAACGGGAACGAUCUAAAGCGCAAUUCAUGAAAACGGUUCAAGUUGAUGUUUCUAACGACGAAGAAUCGAUCGAAAACAAUGCAAAAAACUUGUUUGUGAAAGGAAUUGAAUAUGAGGAAAAGGGAAAGUUAUAUGAAGCAAUUCAAUUUUACAAACGUGCUGUAUUAUUAGUUCCUGACAUUGAAUUUCGUUUGUAUGAAUCAACUAAACUAAAAUCAAAUGAAGAUAAUCAUGAUGGAUUUGAUAAUAAUGUAAAUGAUAUUGAUGAUAAUGCUGAAGCUCAUACUGAAGAAGAUGAAGAAGAAUGUGAUUUAUUUGUUAAAUUAUGCAAAAUUGUAAACCAUAAUAAAUGUGUUUGUUUUCCUAAAUUUGAGCAAAAUACAAUCCAUAUUUCUGCCUUGCCUAUGGAAAUUGUACUUUAUAUCUUGAGGUGGGUUGUAUCUUCAGAGCUUGACUUAAGGUCUCUUGAAAUGUUCUCCAGAGUAUGCCGUGGAUUUUAUAUAUCUGCAAGAGAUACAGAAAUAUGGAGACUUGCCUGUGUUAGAGUAUGGGGUGUAAAUUGUGGUACCUAUGCUCCAAAAUAUCAAUCAUGGAGGGAAAUGUAUUUACAACGGCCUAGACUAAGAUAUAAUGGAUGUUAUAUUAGUAAAACGAGUUAUAUUCGCGAUGGUGAAAAUAGUUUCCAAGAUCGAUUUUAUAGACCUUGGCAUCUGGUGGAAUACUUCAGGUACCUGAGAUUUUUUCCCGAAGGAAAAGUUUUGAUGUUAACUUCAACUGAUGAUGCACAAAGUUGUGUGAACUCCCUAAAAUACCGUAUUCCACGAAAUCCAUUGGUUCUUAUUGGUCAUUAUAGAUUACACGAUAAUUGCGUUACUUUAGUGCUCAAAAAACAAGAGGUAAAAGGUGUUACUACAUACAGAAAGAAUAAAAAGGAACCUAUGCAUGAUAGUGGGGAACAAACAUUUCAUAUUGAAUUUGAGAUUCAAGAUCACCAUAGACGGUUGAAUUCGCAAUUAAAAUGGCUCAGUUAUACUAUAUUUACAAAGUAUAGAAAUGGUCAUGAAGCGAAAAUGUGCUUGAAAGAACCAUCUGUAAGAGAAUGGAGAGUAUCGGCCAUUGGUGGGCGAUAUCCACCACUUAAAUUUAGUAGAGUUAAAAGUUAUACCCAAGAAAGUGAGGCUCCUUUACAAUAGCUAUAAUUCCAUACAAAAUUAUUAAUCGUCUGGAUCACGUAAGAGUACAAUAAUGGAACUGAAAUUAAGAGAAGACUAAAUUUUUUGAG